GUGUGUCCAUCGAGCAUUUGGUGAAAAAUGUUCGUCCGGUGAGCAGUGCUUUGGUGCGUGCAUGUGAAAUGGGUCUCGACUCCAAAUGGGGCGGGCUCGGUUGGAUAUGUACGGCAACCCUCCAUAUUUUGGCUAGUCUAUGGAACGUGGACUGCCAAAUAUUCCCGUUUCCCCUCUUCCCGCCGAUGCAAGGGGACAUGUUCGGGGGCUUCGGUGGCGGCGGCGGGUUUGGGGGAGGAGCAGGGGGCUUCGGAGGUGGUUUUGGAGGGGGCGGAGGGUUCGGCGGCGGGGGGAACAUUCUCCCGUUCCCCCUUUUUCCGAUGCCGUUUGACAUGGGAGGAUAUGGACAACCAGGCGUCAUAAUCACCAACAUCACCAUCCCUGGAGGACCGGCGGGUCCUGGAGGAUCAGGACCUGGAUCGUCACCUCGGCCGACCGGCGGGAGUGCUCCAGGCGGCUCGACGCCUUCAGGAGGAGGGAGCUCGCGGCCACCAUCGGGCCCCAGCUCAUCGCCGAGACCCUCGGGACCUCCAGGAGGCGGAGGAACAGGAGGCGGAUCAGGUCAACCAGGACGGCCAGGAGGUCCGGGGGCAGGCGGACCUCCCGGAGGAGCAGGCGGCCCCGGGGGAGGUGGUUCCUCCGGAGGUCCUGGAGCUCCAGGCGGGGCGCGACCUCCUGGAGCAGGGGGGCCUGGGGGUCCAGGAGGAGGCAGCUCGCCGCGGCCUCCAUCAGCCCCGGGUGGGGCCGGCGGAGGAUCUUCCCCGAGACCUGGUGGUGCACCAGGAGGAGCCGGCGGACCCGGAGGUGGUGGACCAGGAGGUCCAGGAGGGAGACCCGGUAGUGCACCAGGAGGAGCAGGGGGGCCUGGAGGUGGUGGACCAGGUGGCCCUGGUGGGGGUUCGUCCCCAAGACCUGGUGGUGCACCCGGAGGAGGUGGACCAGGUGGCCCAGGUGGGGGUUCGUCCCCAAGACCCGGUGGUGCUCCGGGUGGAAGUGCACCAGGGGGAGGGGCGAGACCAACUGGCGCUGGUGGACCUGGUGGUCCUGGGGGUGCAGGAGGUGCAGGUGGACCUGGAGGAGCCGGUGGAGGUGCUGGUGGACCUGGAGGUUCUGGAGGUGCCGGUGGACCUGGAGGUCCGGGCGGUGGUGGAACUGGUGGCGGAGGUUCAUCGCCAAGACCGAUGCCAGGGUCGAGUCCCCGACCCCCAAGCGGACCUGGCACAUCCCCUCGACCCUCUGGACCUCCUGGACAACAACCAACAAGACCUCCCAGCACCGCCACCGUAUACUACAUCUAUCCUCAAUGGUGUAACGUGUGGUGCCGUCUGUACUAUAAACCAAAACCGGUGUACUACACGCCAUCCUGUCUACUUUAUGGUUGGAUGGGCUAUGGUGGCGGUUUUGGCUGGUAGAAGUUCCUUUAUGGGUAUCGUUAACAUCGGUUGAAAAGUUGGGCUCCAACGCUUUACAUUAUUAUACUUAAAUUCCUUAAUUUCUAAUCCCUCUGUUGCUAGAAACUAGUUGUUAAAUGGUAAAACUCUCUGAUUUUGAUUCUGUUUGAUAAAACAUAGAAUCAAAGGCAUUUUGAAAAAAAAUAGACAGACAGCCAGAAUACCAAUAAUAGUAGUUAUUCAUAUCGCAAAUUCUCGUACAUAAACUAAUCAUGCUCUGAAGAGCGGCACGCUGUAAAAUCUGAACUAGCUGGCUUUGUAGGUGUUAAAUACAUACCUACUAUUUACUUUCGUUUUGUUAUGCAAAAGAAGUGGAGUUUCCAACCUGAACACCUGCCCGUAAGAUGCUCAUGACAAAAUGACGACGCAUUUAGUGCCAUAUAUUUCAGUCGGAUCUCAUGAGGGCCAAAACAUUUUACUGAAAAAGCAUUCCAAAAUGCAUUUAAAUGGCGUUUGAACUUUUGAAUGGUUCUCAUUCUCAGGAAGGUAUUUUAAAUUAUUCCAUCACCGGCAGUUUUAAAUUUUAGAAUGAACAUAUCUGAUAAUUUGCCGUAAAUGGAAUGCAUAUAAAAAGUUCAAAUUUAGUAUCGUUUAGAGAUGUAAGGUAGACUGCACCUCGCAUCAAAAAACUGAGAAACAAAAAAUCAACGGUCAGUUAAUCCGUAAUAGCAUCGGAACCAACAGGAUGUACUACCUUAAUUAGUUUAGUCUUGAUUGUUUCUCCUUGUUCACUCUUUAGGCUUUUUUUGGAUAGGUUUUUUAUUAAUUUUUUGUAAAAUGUUGCCCAAUAUUUAUUUCGAACAUUUGUUUUAUUUUUAAGUAAUUUAUUUUCAAUGAAUUGUUGUUCAUUAUACUGUUCAUUACUAUUUAUUAUGGAUUAAAUUGAUUUAUUGAUACUGCAA